AUGAUGCACCACUUCAAAAAGUUUGCUGAAAUCCUCAACGACCUCGAGCAGCUGGGAGCCCCCAUGCCUGAACAAGAGAAGAUUCAAGUAUUCUUCAUAUCGCUGGGGAACACCUACCCCCACAUUAGAGGCUCGUUUAUUUCGAGGCCAGUUUCUGAAAAGCCUGGAUCAGUCUCACACACCACUUCCACGCUGAAACCAGCAUACUGCUCAGAUGCGACCAGCAGAAAGCCAGAGCUGAACAGCUCAAUCUGGUAA